AGCUUCUUGGAACGGCUCGAUCUCUUUUUUUUCCAACGGAUGUUGGUAAUCUUUUAUCAUAAAGCUGUCCAACCUCGACGAGAAGGACCGGAAGCGUGCCAGCAUGCCGGAGCCUGUGAAUCACCAGGUGAACGCCGCUCGUAAGACGUUUCAGACUCUAUACCAGAUCUCGAAACUACUAAACACCAAUCUCGAUCCGACCACGUUGAGCAUCUGUAUCAGACUGUGCGAAAACGGGGUGAAUCCACACGCCCUCGCGACCGUGGUGAAGGAACUUCAACGAGAAGUCAAGGCGUUGAACGAUGCACAACUCGAGUCCACCGCCAGCAAGACUAGCGCGAGCAAGUCAACGUAAUGACAUUGUUGUCGGUCUCUCUACACAAUUAUCUCGCGUUGUUCAAUAAAUGUUCUCGAGUGUAGAUAGCACGCAUCUCUUAUUUAUUAUAAUAAACGCACAAUAUACUUUUAUAA